CCCGCCCUCCCCGGCGCCGUCUGCGGCCGCCGCGAUGAAGGCGGGCUCGGGGGACCAGGGGAGCCCCCCGUGCUUCCUGCGCUUCCCGCGGCCCGUGCGGGUGGUGAGUGGCGGCGAGGCCGAGCUCAAGUGCGUGGUCCUGGGGGAGCCGCCGCCCACCGUCGCGUGGGAGAAGGGCGGGCAGCCGCUGGCGGCCUCCGAGCGCCUGAGCUUCCCCGCGGACGGCGCGGAGCACGGGCUGCUGCUGAGCGGCGCGCGGCCCCACGACGCGGGCGUCUACGUGUGCCGCGCGCGCAACGCGGCCGGCGAGGCCUACGCGGCGGCCGCCGUCACGGUGCUGGAGCCGCCCGCGCCCCCCCGCGCCCCCGCGCCCGCCGCGCGCCCGCCGCCCGCGCCCGCCCCCGGCGAGGGCGCCCCGGUGUUCCUGGCGGGGCCGCGCUCCCAGUGGGUGCUGCGCGGCGCGGAGGUGGUGCUGGCGUGCCAGGUGGGGGGCCUCCCGCCGCCCGCGCUGCACUGGGAGAAGGACGGGAUGGCGCUGGGCGAGGUGUGGGACAGCGGCCACUUCGCGCUCGAGCCGGGCCGCGCCGAGGGCGGCCGGGGCGCUCGCCUGGCGCUGCGCAUCCUGGCGGCGCGCCUGCCCGACUCGGGCGUGUACGUGUGCCACGCCCGCAACGCGCACGGCCACGCGCAGGCCGGCGCGCUGCUCCAGGUGCACCAGCCCCCCGAGAGCCCGCCCGAGGACCCCGACGAGGCGCCCCCGCCGGCCGUGGAGCCCGGCAAGGGCGCGCCCAAGACCUUCUGGGUCAACGAGGGCAAGCACGCCAAGUUCCGCUGCUACGUGAUGGGCAAGCCGGAGCCCGAGAUCGAGUGGCACUGGGAGGGCCGCCCGCUGCUCCCCGACCGCCGCCGGCUCAUGUACCGCGACCGCGACGGCGGCUUCGUGCUCAAGGUGCUCUACUGCCAGGCCAGGGACCGCGGGCUCUACGUGUGCGCCGCGCGCAACUCGGCGGGCCAGACGCUCAGUGCCGUCCAGCUGCACGUCAAAGAGCCCCGCCUCCGCUUCACGAGGCCACUGCAGGACGUGGAGGGCCGAGAGCAUGGGAUCGUGGUACUGGAGUGUAAGGUCCCCAACUCCCGCAUCCCAACCGCCUGGUUUCGCGAGGACCAGCGGCUGCUGCCCUGCCGCAAAUACGAGCAGAUCGAGGAGGGCACCGUCCGGCGCCUCAUCAUCCACAGGCUGAAGGCAGAUGAUGACGGCGUGUACCUGUGCGAGAUGCGGGGCCGGGUGCGCACCGUGGCCAAUGUGACAGUCAAAGGACCCAUCCUGAAGCGGUUGCCCCGGAAGCUCGAUGUCCUGGAGGGAGAGAAUGCGGUGCUGCUGGUGGAGACUCGAGAGGCUGGGGUCGAGGGGCGCUGGAGUCGCGAUGGGGAGGACCUGCCGGCCACUUGCCAGAGCAGCUCUGGCCACAUGCAUGCCCUAGUCCUUCCAGGAGUCACCCGAGAAGAUGCUGGCGAGGUCACCUUUAGCCUGGACAACUCACGUACCACCACUCUGCUCAGAGUCAAAUGUGUCAAGCACAAUCCUCCGGGGCCCCCCGUGUUGGCAGAGAUGUUCAAGGGCCACAAGAACACAGUCUUGCUGACCUGGAAACCCCCUGAGCCAGCUCCCGAGACCCCCUUCAUCUACCGGCUGGAGCGGCAGGAGGUGGGCUCGGAAGACUGGAUCCAGUGCUUCAGCAUUGAGAAAGCUGGGGCUGUGGAGGUGCCGGGAGACUGCGUGCCCUCCGAGGGCGACUAUCGCUUCCGCGUCUGCACCGUCAGCGAACAUGGCCGCAGUCCACAUGUUGUGUUCCACGGGUCUGCUCACCUCGUACCCACAGCUCGUCUGGUAGCAGGUCUAGAAGAUGUGCAGGUAUACGAUGGGGAAGAUGCUGUCUUCUCCCUCGAUCUCUCCACCAUCAUUCAGGGCACCUGGUUCCUUAAUGGGGAAGAGCUCAAGAGCAGUGAGCCAGAGGGCCAAGUGGAGCCUGGGGCCCUGAGAUACCGUAUGGAGCAGAAGGGCCUGCAGCACAGACUCAUCCUGCAGGCUGUCAAACACCAGGACAGUGGGGCCCUGGUUGGCUUCAGCUGCCCGGGUGUGCAGGACUCAGCCGCCCUCACCAUCCAAGAGAGCCCCGUGCACAUCCUGAGUCCGCAGGACAAGGUGUCGCUGACAUUCACAACCUCGGAGCGGGUGGUGCUGACCUGUGAGCUCUCCCGGGUGGACUUCCCGGCAAGCUGGUACAAGGAUGGGCAGAAGGUGGAAGAGAGCGCGUCGCUGGUGGUGAAGGCCGAUGGGCGCAAACACCGGUUGAUCCUGCCAGAGGCCCAAGUCCGAGACAGCGGCGAGUUCGAGUGCAGAACAGAAGGAGUCUCGGCCUUCUUCAGUGUCACCGUCCGAGACCCCCCGGUGCAUAUCCUGGACCCCCAGGAGCACGUGUUCGUGCAUGCCAUCACCUCUGAGUGCGUCAUGCUGACCUGCGAGGUGGACCGAGAGGACGCCCCUGUGCACUGGUACAAAGACGGGCAGGAGGUGGAGGAGAGCGACUUUGUGGUACUGGAGAACGAGGGGCCCCAUCACCGCCUGGUGCUCCCUGCUGCCCAGCCCCCAGAUGGGGGCGAGUUUCAGUGCGUCGCUGGAGAUGAGCGUGCCUACUUCACCGUCACCAUCACAGACGUCUCCUCGUGGAUCGUGUACCCCAGUGGCAAAGUGUAUGUGGCAGCUGUGCGCCUGGAGCGCGUGGUGCUGACCUGCGAGCUGUGCCGCCCCUGGGCCGAGGUGCGCUGGACCAAGGAUGGGGAAGAGGUGGUGGAGAGCCCAGCGCUGCUCCUGCAGAAGGAGGACACUGUCCGCCGCCUGGUGCUGCCCGCCGUCCAGCUGGAGGACUCCGGCGAGUACUUAUGUGAAAUCGAUGACGAGUCAGCGUCCUUCACCGUCACUGUCACAGAGCCCCCGGUGCGCAUCAUAUACCCCCGGGAUGAGGUGACCCUGAUCGCCGUGAGCCUGGAGUGUGUGGUGCUGAUGUGUGAGCUGACUCGGGAGGAUGCCCCGGUGCGCUGGUACAAGGAUGGCCUGGAGGUGGAAGAGAGUGAAGCCCUGGUGCUGGAGAGUGACGGGCCUCGCCGCCGCCUGGUGCUGCCCGCUGCCCAGCCCGAGGACGGGGGCGAGUUUGUGUGUGACGCUGGAGAUGACUCAGCUUUCUUCACCGUCACCGUCACAGCCCCGCCAGAGAGGAUUGUGCACCCAGUGGCCCGCAACCUGGACCUGCAAUUUGGGGCCCCAGGGCGGGUGGAGCUGCACUGCGAGGUGUCCCCAGUUGGGUCACAGGUCCGCUGGUACAAGGAUGGGCUGGAAGUGGAAGCAUCGGACACCCUGCAGCUGGGUGCUGAGGGGCCGGUUCGCACCCUAACCCUGCCCCACGCCCAGCCUGAGGAUGCCGGGGAGUAUGUAUGCGAGACCCGUGAUGAGGCUGUCACCUUCAAUGUCAGCCUGGCUGAACCCCCAAUACAGUUCCUGGCCCCAGAGGCAGCCCCCGGUCCACUCUGUGUGGCUCCUGGGGAGCCCGUGGUGCUGAGCUGUGAGCUGUCCCGGACUGGCGCCCUAGUCUCCUGGAGCCACAACGGGACGCCGGUGCAGGAGGGAGAUGGCCUGGAGCUGCACGCUGAGGGUCCCCGACAUGUCCUCCGCAUCCGGGCUGCAGACCCAGCCCAGUCAGGCCUCUACACCUGCCAGUGUGGGGCAGCCCCGGGGGCCCCCAGCGUCACCUUCACUGUGCAAGUGGCUGAGCCCCCCGUGUGGGUAGUGGCCCCCGAGGCAGCCCAGACGAGGGUUCGCAGCACCCCAGGCGGGGACCUAGAGCUGGCGGUACACCUCUCUGGGCCUGGGGGCCCAGUGCGCUGGUACAAGGACGGGGAGCGACUGGCCAGCCAGGGGCGGGUGCAGCUGGAGCAGGCCGGGGCCAGGCAGGUGCUGCGGGUGCAGGGGGCACGGAGCAGGGACUCUGGGGAGUACCUGUGCGACACGCCCCAGGACAGCCGCAUCUUCCUCGUCAGCGUGGAAGAGCCACCACCCGUGAAGCUGGUCUCGGAGCUGACACCGCUGACCGUCCACGAGGGUGACGAUGCCACAUUUCGGUGUGAGGUCUCCCCACCCGACGCCGAGGUCACCUGGCUGCGCAAUGGGGCCGUUGUCGCUCCAGGGCCCCAGCUAGAGAUGGCCCAGAACGGCACGAGCCGCACGCUGACCGUGCGAGGCUGCCAGCUGGCUGAUGCGGGGACAGUGACGGCUCGAGCAGGGGGCACAGCCACCAGCGCCCGGCUCCACGUGCGAGAAACGGAGCUGCUGUUCCUGCGGAGGCUGCAGGACGUGCGGGCAGAGGAAGGCCAGGACGUGUGCCUGGAAGUGGAGACGGGCCAAGUGGGUGCAGCGGGUGCCGUGCGCUGGGUGCGCGGUGGGGAGCCCUUGCCCUGCGACUCCCGCCUGUCCAUGGCCCAGGAUGGCCAUGUGCACCGCCUCUUCAUCCACGGCGUCGUCAUGGCUGACCAGGGCACCUACGGCUGCGAGAGCCACCACGAUCGCACCCUGGCCAGGCUCAGCGUGAGGCCAAGGCAGCUGAGGGUACUGCGGCCUCUGGAAGAUGUGACCGUCAUCGAGGGGGGCAGCGCCACCUUCCAGCUGGAGCUGUCCCAGGAGGGUGUGACUGGGGAGUGGGCCCAGGGUGGAGUCCGGCUGCAGCCAGGGCCCAAGUGCCACAUACACGCAGAGGGUCACACCCACCGCCUGGUGCUCAGUGGCCUGGGCCUGGCCGACUCUAGCUGUGUCUCCUUCACGGCGGAUUCUCUGCGCGCUGCGGCCAGACUCACUGUGAGAGAGGCCCCAGUGACCAUUGUGCAGGGGCCACAGGACCUAGAGGUGACUGAGGGGGACACAGCUACGUUCCAGUGCGAGCUUUCCCAGGCCCUGGCUGAUGUCACCUGGGAGAAGGACGGGGACCCGCUGUCACCCAGCCCUCGGCUCAAGCUCCAGGCCCUCGGCCCGCGCCGCCUUCUCCAGCUGCGGCGCUGCGGCCCCUCGGACGCCGGGACCUACAGCUGCGCGGUGGGGGCCGUGCGCGCCGGGCCCGCCCGCCUGUCCGUGCGCGAGCGCGCGGUGUCGGUGCUGGGCGAGCUCAGGCCGGUGCGCGCCCGCGAGGGCGGCAGCGCCACGUUCGAGUGCACCGUGUCGGAGGUCGACGUCGCCCGGAGGUGGGAGCUCGGAGGCCGCCCGCUGAGGCCCGGAGGCCGCGUCCGCAUGCGACAGGAAGGGAAGAAGCACAUUCUGGUGCUGAGCGACCUGCGCGCGGAGGACGCCGGCGAGGUGCGCUUCCAGGCCGGCCCCCAGUCCGCGGCGCGGCUGGAGGUGGAGGCACCGCCUCUCCAGAUGUGCCGCCGCCCGCCUCGCGAGAAGUCGGUCCUGGUUGGCCGCCGCGCGGUGCUGGAGGUGACCGUGUCCCGCCCGGGGGGCCAAGUGUGCUGGCUGCGGGAGGGGGUCGAGCUGUGUCCGGGAGGCAAGUACGAGCUGCGCAGCGACGGCCCCACCCACAGCCUGGUCAUCCAUGACGUGAGGCCGGAGGACCAGGGCACCUACUGCUGCCGCGCGGGUCAGGACAGCGCCCGCACCCGGCUGCUGGUGGAGGGUGAGUAG